AUGGUGUCCAAACUCAGCGCUUUGCAACACGAGCUGCUCAACGCCCUGCUCACCUCGGGCGUCGCCAAAGAGGUCCUGAUCCAAGCCCUGGAGGAGCUGAUGCCUUCCGCCGGCAGCCCCAACGCUCCGGCAGCCCCGGCUGGAGGCUACGGGGUGAAACUGGAAAACUUGCAGCUGUCGCCCGGGGGAGGCGGCGGCGGCGGAGGCAGCGGGACGGAGGCGGACAGCAAGCCCAUCUUCCACACCCUGACCAACGGGCACAGCAAAGGCAGGCUGUCCGGGGACGAGGGCUCGGACGACGGGGACGACUUUGACACCCCGCAGAUCCUCCGGGAGUUGCAGGCGCUCAACACCGAGGAGGCGAUGGAGCAGAGGGCCGAAGUGGAGAGGAUGGUCAGUGAAGACCCUUGGCGAGCUGCAAAGAUGAUCAAGGGCUACAUGCAACAACACAACAUCCCCCAAAGGGAGGUGGUGGAUGUCACUGGACUGAAUCAGUCGCACCUUUCCCAGCAUCUCAACAAGGGGACGCCGAUGAAAACGCAGAAGCGGGCAGCCCUCUAUACGUGGUAUGUCCGGAAACAGAGAGAGAUCCUCCGGCAAUUCAACCAGACAGUCCAGGGUUCUGGAAAUAUGACAGAAAAAGGCAGUCAAGAUCAGCUGCUGUUUCUCUUUCCAGAAUUUAACCAGCAAAACCAGGGUGUGGGCCAGAUAGACGACUCUUGUGCUGAAACACCCAGCAAGAAGAUGAGACGCAAUCGCUUUAAGUGGGGUCCUGCUUCCCAGCAGAUCUUGUACCAGGCCUACGACCGGCAAAAGAACCCCAGCAAGGAAGAGAGGGAAGCCUUGGUAGAGGAAUGCAACAGGGCAGAAUGCCUCCAGCGGGGUGUGUCACCCUCUAAAGCACACGGCUUGGGUUCAAAUCUGGUCACAGAAGUCCGCGUCUACAACUGGUUUGCAAACCGGAGGAAAGAAGAAGCUUUUCGGCAAAAGCUUGCCAUGGAUGCCUACAGCACGGGUCAGCCUCACACCAUGAACCUCUUGCUGUCCCAUGGGUCACCACACCACGCUCAACCCAGCUCUUCUCCGCCCAGCAAAAUGCCAGGGGUCCGCUACAGCCAUCCAGGCGGCAAUGAAGUCACUUCCUCAGCUUCCAUCAGCCAUCAUGGUAACAACUCAAUGGUCACCACCAGCCAGUCCAUUCUCCAGCCAGUAUCUCCAGCCAGUUUGGACCCAGGUCACAGCCACAGCCUGCUGUCCCCGGACGGUAAAAUGAUUACAGUUUCUGGCGGUGGGCUCCCCCCGGUCAGUACCCUCACCAACAUCCACAGCUUUUCCCAUCACACCCCACAACAAUCCCAGAAUCUCAUUAUGACGCCUUUGUCAGGAGUCAUGGCUAUCACGCAAAGCCUAAACAGUUCGCAGGCCCAGAGCGUCCCCGUUAUCAACAGUGUAGCCCUACAACCGGUCCAGUUCUCCCAACAGCUGCACAGCCCACACCAGCAGUCAAUCAUGCAACAGUCAACCAAUCCGAUGGCUCAACAGCCGUUCAUGGCGGCGGUGACACAGCUGCAGAAUUCACACAUGUACGCUCACAAGCAAGAACCUCCUCAGUAUUCUCACACAUCACGGUUCCCUUCAGCGAUGGUGGUCACGGAUACCAGCAGCCUCAGUUCAUUAACCAACAUGUCUUCCAAUAAACAGUGUCCGUUACAAGCCUGGUGA